AUGGCCAGCGCCGUGUCCUCCCUGCACGCCGGGUCAGGCAACGAACGCUUCAACGCCGAAGCCGCCUCUUGGGACCGCAACCCGUUUGUCCACACGGCCAGCAAACACGCGGCCGAGGCCAUCAUCCCCCGGUUCCCGGCGCUGAAGAACCCCCCUGGACCCGACGGCCUGGAUGUCCUAGAGAUCGGGUGCGGCACGGGCCUGCUCUCGUUCCUGCUGGCGCCGUACGCGAAGCGGCUGGUCGCGGUCGACGCCGCCGAGGGCAUGAUUGACGUUCUCAAGAAGAAACUACAAGGCGACACAUCCUCCGCGCCACCGCUGCGGAACGUCGUCCCCGUCGCGGUCCUGCUGGAGGACCCGGAGGACAAACACCUCCCACCCGCGGACGAACACGACCCAAACGGCAAGAGACUCAAGUUCGACCUGAUCACGUCGCACCUGGUCCUGCACCACAUCCCGGACCUGAAGGCCGUGCUGACGACCAUGCUCGGCUGCCUCAAGGACGGGGGCAGCGUCGCCCUGACAGAUUUCGAGGACACGGGACCCGAGUCGAAGCGGUUCCACCCGCGCGCGCGGAUGGGCGGCGUCGAACGACACGGCAUCCACCGCGAGACCAUGCAGGCCCUGUUGAGCGAGGUCGGGUUCGUCAAUGUCCGCGUGGAAACCGCCUGGACUAUGGACAAGUACGUCGAGAAGUUUGAGGGCGAGUUUGGCGACGCCCGCAGGGCCGAGGGCCAGGGCGAGAUCCAGAGGUUUCCCUUUGUCCUGUGUAUCGGUGAGAGGAAGUUCUGUCAGUGA